AUGGAGGACGACGGCUGCUGCUACCGGGACGCGCUCAGCGUCUUCCUGGCCAACCGGCGGCUCACCAUCGAGGUCCAGCGCGAGCGGGAGCUCUACCGCCGGCUGCGGGCCCGCGACGUCAAGACGCUGCUGCUGGGAUGUGGUUCAUCCGGAAAAUCAACUUUUAUGAAGCAGGUGAGGAUUAUUGAAGAAGGCGGUUUAACUGAAGAAGAACGGAAAACAUUUAAGCCAGUAAUUUGCCAAAAUGUUAUCACAUCUACUCAGAUGCUGAUUCUGGGAAUGCAGUUGUAUGAGCUUCAGUUUGAGUCCAAAAAAUCAGAGGAAUGUGCAAAACUGAUCUUGGAACUGGAAGUGAGGGCGGUGACAGAGCUAAAUGCCACUGUGCUGGCAGCUGUGAAACAAUUGUGGAGGGAUAGCGGUAUACAGGCCUGCUACAAACGCCGUGAUGAGCUGUACCUUUUGGAUUCUACAAAAUAUUUCAUGAGGAGGCUGGACGUCAUGUCUGCACCCGACUAUAUCCCUACAGAGCAGGAUGUCCUCAGGUCCAGGAGCCCCACGUCGGGUGUCAUCGAGUAUCGUAUACCCAUCCAGAACUAUGAAAAGAAACUAUGCAUUGUCGAUGUAGGAGGGCAGAGGUCUGAGCGCCCCAAAUGGGUUCACUGUUUUGAAAACUGUGUCGCAUUUAUUUUUAUAUCCGCCAUAAGUGAGUACAACCAGCUCAAUGAACGUGGCCAGAAUCGGGUGAGCGAGAGCUUGGCACUCUUCAAGGUGUUGCUCACGUGUUCGGCAUUUCGUUACACUUCAGUUAUUGUUUUCCUGAACAAAGUGGACAUUUUUGAUGAGAAGAUCAAGAAACACCAUCUUACUCACUACUUCCCAGAAUACAAAGGGCCAAAAAAGGAUCCAGAGUCAGCAAAAGAAUUUUUUGCCGAGAAGUUUCAGAAAUGUUGCCACGAUGCGAGAAAGAGUGUCUAUGUACGCUAUACUUGUGCCACAGAUACUGAGAACAUGACAGCGGUAUUUUCCACAGUUCGAGACUUCAUCACGAAGAGGAUGAUGUUGCAGUUCAAUGUACAAUAAUAUAGACUACAUUUUCCCCCUACAGUUCCUCUCAGGUUAAUGAUUACAGAUGUAAAUAUCAUUUUCGAACCUGACAUGUGUUUUCAGUAUUAUAAACAAAAAUUAUGUCUGAACAAUUAAAAAAGUACAUACUUAAAUUUCAAAACCUGUAGUGUGCAAGAAAGUGCAACUGGGGAAAACAAUUUGACAAGACUGCAUUUAUUUUUGUAUGUGAUACUGUUUAAAUACUAUAAACUUUAAUAAAUAAAAAUUAAUAUUUAACACUAGCAGUACAUGCAUCACCCAUAACGAAUCUGCACACAGCUACCAAACAAGGCAAAUAAAUGAUGUACAUGUACAUCAGACAAACACAGCACUAUUACAGAAAAGCAUACUCCAUCCUGGCAUCAACCUAUAUAACGCAUUACCGAAAUCCACAAAAAUAACAGACAGAAACAAUUUCAAAUCAACAGUGAUUGGUGAUGCAUUGCUUCUA